CGCGUCAACAUCUUUGGCUUCCCCGGCUGGCUCGGCAUCCCCCAGAACGCUGGCCUCCGUGAUCAGCGUGCUGUUGUAUAAUAGGUCCACGAUAACAUCCACGUCUUUGGCGGCGACCUGAACAAGAUUACAAUCACGGGCCAGUCGUCGGGCGGCGUCGCAGUCGAUUACUAGGUCUACGCCUACCGGGAGGAGCCCAUCGUCCACAGUAUCAUUACUACCUCUGGUUGCCAAGAUGCUCGGUUACUACAUGACAAAAACCGUGCUUAAUGUCCUUCGCUCCGUGCUAGCCUUUUAUCCCAUCCUAGACAACAAGACUAUCUUUUCAGACUAUAUCUCGCUUACACAAGAUAGCUACUACCGUAUCCUGGCUUACAGGGCGGGAGCUAUCCCUAUGCUAGCCCAGGUCGACUCGUUUUAUCUCGAGUUCUUUACCUACCUAAUUGUAUACCAGGCGCGUGCUCGCGAGUUGCACGGCGUUCCAGUAUAG